UGAGGAAGCUCCUUCCGAUCCCAAAUAAGGUGUGUGGCGGCUGAUUCGAGAAAGACCCCGGGAAGAACGCAGUCAUCUCGGACAGCAUCCAUGCAAACCCUUAGCCGUGGUAUCGAGCAGCUGUCUAUUCCUACUGGCCAGCGUAGAGGCAGAUCUGACUACGUGGCCAGCGCUCUAGACCUAACCCGGGCCCGAGCAGAGGAGAAGGAGUGUGCUCUGCGCGGCACGAGGGCCUAUCCUUCUCCGCCUAUGUCAGGUUCUCCCCCGCGCCCGCCGAAGCCAAACCAAGAGGCCGCUGAGCGAGGUCAAGGGGGCUUCCAGGCUCCGUCUCACGAUGCGUAUCGUACGGGUCCAGCUAUUUCGGGGGUCGAUUAUCGAGCGGCGCCUCCUCAACCUCUACCGCCACCACCUCCCCUAACCGCUUCGCGCCCCUUCCCGUUAGAAACGCCAGACCGAAUCCCGUAUCAAUAUCGGCGUCCGGAAGAUACAAUAGGACGGCAAAUAGCAUAUCCACCACCUCCGGGACAGAUGCUACAACAGUCGCAAUACUCAUUACCCCCGGUGGGUGGACCUGCACUUGGUGCUGCUUCGUAUUCGAUGCCCACGAAUCCCCCAGGCCCAGAGAACCCAUCAUUCACCUCUCCGAAGUCUCAAAGGAAGACCAAAGGUCAUGUUGCGUCUGCUUGUGUUCCAUGCAAGAGAGCUCAUCUCCGGUGCGAUGCCCAAAGACCAUGCUCACGUUGUUUGAGCAACGGAAAGGAAGACGCCUGUAUAGACAUACAACAUAAAAAACGCGGAAGGCCACGGUUACGUGAUGAUCGUGAACCUCGUUUCGAGGCCGGACGAUUUCCACACCCUCCUGACCCGAAUCUCCAGAGACCACUCUCGCUUUACGCACCACCUAGUGCUCCCGUUGUUCCGUACGAGGACCCGUUGCGAAGAAGUCAAUCUUAUCGAGUCGUAAAGCCACAGCCUAACGAGACUGUUGCGCCUAGGUUCCUCGAACGUGGCAUGGAGACGAGCGUCUUCCCGCCUCCACUGUCAAUCGCAAAGCAAGCCCCAGAGCCAAUCGCCUUCUUGACGAUAGGGGAUCUGGAAGUGGUAAGAGCUUCUAGCACCUUUAUUGACGCAACCACAUCAAAUGCCCAGUCAGCGUUAGGAUAUCGAUCCCAACCAAUCACGGGCCGCAAGUUGGCGGAUAUGAUCACGCCUCCCGAACGUGAUCGUGUAGUUGCGUUAUGCAAAUCUCUCCAGAAUGAACAGCUUGCCAAGGAGCCAAAUUACUUACCGCCCAUCUACGGAAGAGAUGAGGAAGAGCGGGUGAUCAAUGCGCAGCCUUUUGGUCCCGAGUCAGUGUCCAGGUACCAGCUGGACCGUCAAGAAUUCUUCACUUUUGUCGCGGCCGAUGGUCAACCCCGACCGCAUCCUGUUCGUGUUGGAUUGGCUAAAGAUGAUUCGAUAUAUUUCGUAGUACUUUUGUUAAUCUCGCCCAGCCGGUCUUUUCCCCCUCCAGCUCCGUCGCCUCGAUCACGAGAUAUGACGUACUCGUACCCGCCCCAACCCUUCUCUCAGCUAACGCCCGUUUCGGCUUCCUUUGAUCCUGGUCGGACACGGUUGACCGAUCCACCCCGAGAGAGUAGUUUUACACCAAGGCAGCCUGAAACGCCGGCCCAGCUGAUCUCCGCUCUCAGCCCCGGUGUGAGUCCCAAUGUGCCGUCAUAUUCGGCAUCGGCGUCGGCAAGGAGUGAGCAUCCAGGAGGGUUGUCACACCAGAUUCCCAGGAGCGAACUUCCGCUCACUCGGCCGACCCAGCAACCUGAAUAUCAGCUACCCCCGAUCCGGAGCCAGCAGCAGCAACCUGGCCAACCGGCGGAGGCUACUUGGCCGCGAGAUGACCGCACCAGCCGUGUGGAUAUUGGCGGCUUGAUCGAGAAGCCUGGGACAUCGCCGCGCCGCAAACCAUGAGAUCUAUUUUCCGCUGUCGACAGACAUG